AUGUCUUCAGGGGGGUCCUCAUCUACUAGCCUGCGACAUCCGACCUCCAGCCCAACGAGGAAUGGGACCUAUCUUGAAGGAAACAGAAGUGCCUCAAGUCCUUCUCCAGAACAAGACACAGCUCGACCAUCAAGCAAGAAUCCUUUGACCUGGACAGUGGAUGACGUGGUUUGGUUUGUGAAGGAUGCAGACCCUCACUCUUUAGGUCCCCAUGUGGAGCUCUUCAGAAAACAUGAGAUUGAUGGCAAUGCUUUGUUGCUUCUGAAAAGUGACAUGAUCAUGAAGUACCUGGGCCUGAAACUGGGACCUGCACUGAAACUGUGUUACCACAUCGAUAAGCUCAAGCAAACCAAGUUCUAA